AGGUGGCAAUGAGGGCCCUGGGCUUUGAACCCAAGAAAGAAGAAAUCAAGAAAAUGAUAAGUGAAGCUGAUAAGGAAGGAACAGGAAAAAUGAGCUUCAGUGACUUUUUGACAGUAAUGACUCAGAAAAUGGAAAUGAUUGAUGAAGCAGAUCGAGAUGGAGAUGGAGAGGUCAAUGAGCAAGAGUUCCUGCGCAUCAUGAAGAAGACCAGCCUCUAUUAAGAUCAGUGUUGCUUUUCUACUGCAAGCACGUGUGACUAGAUUUAGUGCCUGCCAUUUUGUGAAAUAUGGCUUUUGAUAGCCUCCCCCCAACCUCUGGGUUCAUUUUAGCCAUGACCUUGAAUCUACUUUUGACCUUUGAAGUGUUCUUUGAUAUUAAGUUCUUUGUCCAUUUCAACAUAGCUAUUUCAAUAGGGCAGAACAAGAGCACAAAGAGUGGGGAAAAGGGUCUGAAAGUGUGACCCUCCAUCUGCCAUUACUUCAUAUUGCUCAUGCAUUUCCAUAUAGCUACAAACACACAAUGGCUUCCUAGAUGUCCAGGAAUCUAUGUCACUUUAAGCAGUGGUCCUAAAGUGGUUUUGGUUUUUAGUCAGUACCAGAGUACAGGUUUUGUUUGUUUGUUUCUUAUAAAAGUCAAUGAAUGCUUGCCGUUGCCUUUGAAUGAGUGUUAGUUAAUGCCUUUGUUUUGUCUUAAAAAAAUAAAACAUUUCUUAAUUUAAGCUAUCAUUAUUUGAAAGAUGAGCAUUUUUAGAUUUAAAAGUGAGUUCAUCUUGUAAACAAUUGUAUUGAGGGUGGCUUGGUAGAUACAUAAAAUUUACCAUCAGCCUGUGGACAAAAGGAAUUAACUUUUUUUUUACAUUUCUGUCAUAAGUGGUAUAUUGCAUUAAGAACUUUUGGGGUUUUACAACUGGUAGAAUUUCCAUAUCACCAAGGUCUAAAUGAUGCCCUAAAAGUGGUUUUAGUCAAAUGUAAAGGUUAUAGACUCUUGUGGGCGAUUUGUGCUUUAACAAAAUGGAGAGGGAUAGGUAGUAGGUAAGAUUCAGGCAAUCUUGUGAGUUUAUUACUUAUAGCAUCUCAUAGUAUUUUGUGGUUGGGAUGAGAAGGACAUGGGUAUUGUCCAGGUACCCUCUGGGUGCUACACAGAAUCACCUGUGAGAGAAGUCCAAAUAUGUGGCAUUAAAGUCUGCUCCAGGGUGAGGGUGAAGAACAAGAAGGGCUGAAGGGAAAUGGAAAGUGAACAAUGAUUGGCUCAAUUUAUAUGGACACAUAUAUGUACAUAUAUAUGUAUGUAAUAUAUAUUAUUACAUACCCAUAUCUAUAUAUAAACUCCCAAACAAAACAGAACAAAAGAAACUAAAAACAACAAGAGCCAGGCAGGUGAUCAAGCUUAUAAUUCCAGUACAUAAGUGGAUGACGGAAGAUGGUUGCCUCAUCUGUCUUUCUAUCUGUCACUUUCUUGCGUGUUCUUGCUCUUUGUUUUUGUGUGAUUAAUUAUAAAGGCCUCCAACUCCUCUUGAUUCAAUAUUCAACUUAACUAGGUAUUUUGUAUUUUCAACUGGGAACCCGUUGAAAAGUUAAAAAGUUGAGCUCAGCACACUCUUAUAUCUGGCAGUCUUGAGAAUUGGGGGCCACUGGAAUGAGUGAUAGAUUACUCCUUGGAAAACACAGGGAAGGAGAGAAAAAGCCAAGAGGAACCUCAGACUCAGGUUAUAACAUGAGUUCACUUAGUUCCCUGAUGAACAAUUUGGAGUAAGUUGCUUCUGUUGGUGCCUCAGAUUCCUUGCCUGUACAGUGGUUGGGGGGGACUAUUUAACUGAGAAUUUCUGUGGUCAGAUGAAAUUUUCCCAACAGGACCUUGCUUUAUGAUGUUCGAGAAUGAGUUGUUUCAGUAUAAUCUCAUUCCUUUUUGUUGGUUUGUAGUUUGGUACAGCUUCAUGAAGCUUAUGAUCAUUGUCCCAAAGUCAGUUGACAGCAUUUUUUAGGUUUUUGUCACAUUGCUGUUUUCUAAUAAGAGGCCUAUGGAUCUGAUAAAAGAUAAAGGGUUGGAAAGACUGGCCUUCUUCCCCUUUCUCUAUGAAGUAUAACCCUACAAAAUCAAUUAUGUUUAAUGGGCAAGUAAAAGUUCUAUAUAUUUGUUGCAUACACAUUUAUAUUUUGAAAUAUGUCUACUGUAUAAAAUAGUGGAAUCAAGGUAAUUACCCUGAAAACAUUCUCCUCCAGCUUAAUGUUCCCAAUUAUGACUUCAGUUCUUUUUACAGUCUCUUGAGGGAGGUGAGAGGAUGGCAAGUGGUGUAACAUCCCAAGUGAUGAAAGCAAAUAUAAGGAAGUUGCCAUGCCCUACGGCACAGCCAUGUAGUGUGAUUCUUAGUGCAGGAAACAGGCAUGGUGAGUCAUCCAAGGAGGGAGGUGGCACCGAACCACAGAAGCCGUGGAGUUCAGUUCAUGUGUAGCCAGUCAAGGGGUGCUGUAAGUGUUGGGUAUGCAGGACAGAAAAGUAACUAAGGAACCCACUUGGUUACUGAGCUACUGUGGGCUACAUCUGAGCAGGGGUUCUAGAUUAUAUCCAUAUAUGGUUUUUGGUUGGAGAAACACUCUCAUAGAGGGCCCCUGUGCCCUAAUAUAGUUUGUCCUUGUGGCGCUCCUGUCCUUUCUAGGUCAUACUAACUCCCCCUUCUUUCAUAUGAUUCUCUGCACUCUGCCCAAGGUUUGGUUAUGAGUCUUAGUAUCUGCUUUGAUAUACUGCUAGGUAGAGUCUUUCAGAGGCCCUCUGAGGUAAGCUUUUGUCCUGUUACUUGUUUUCUCCUACUUCCCCUAUCCAUCCCAAUUGGGUUCCCUAGUAAAAGGAACAGGAAUGAUUUCUGAUAUGAAUUCAAUGACUGUCUCUCUAACUCCCCCUUUAACUCCCCCACCCCCCAAGGGAGGAACAGUCUUGCUAGGAUACAGAGGAGGACAUGGCAGCCAAUCCUGAAGAUCCCUGAUAAGCUAGAGUCAUAUGGAAGGGGAAGAGGACCUCCCCUAGCAGUGGAUUUGGAAAGGGGCAGGGAGGAGAUGAGUGAGGGAAGGUGGGAUUGGGAGGGAAUGAAGGAGGGGACUACGGUUGGGAAUCAAAGUAAAUAACCUGUGAUUAAUAUAAAAAAUAAAAAGUAAAAAAAGAAAAAUAAGUAAAGCAAAAAGAUAUAUGAGAUGGGCGGUAGAACCAAUUGAGGCUGGUUCCAGCAUGGCUGCAUUAGAGAGAUGUGGGCACUCAGGAGAAGAGGGAAAGUCCCAGCCAUUCAUGUCAGUGGAUAUAUGGGCAUAGCAGCAGUGGAAGAACUGGGUAAGGGAAAAGAAGGGAAGAAUGGACCCAAGCUUUUUUAGAAGACAUAGGAAGUGUUCAUAAAAGAAGCUUUGAGUAGAUGAGUCUUUUUUUUUCUUUAAAUCUCUUUCUAAGGUGUUAUAAAAGCUGGAUUCUGAAACCACUGGUGUUGAGUUCAGAAUCUAUCUGACAAAGCUGUUUAAAGACAGGAGGUAGUUGAGUUGCAGGCCUUGCAAGACAUAGGCAUAGAAUACAGGCAGGACAUUGGAGGAGGAGGGCUGAAUGGAGCCUGGUUUCUCUCAGCAAGAUGAGGAAGGACGAGCAGAAGCUCUUCACAUGAGACUGAAGCAAAAUAGUGCCCCCACAAAGACUGUAAAACCUGUUAGAGGGUAAAAGGAUCUCAAGAUGGCCUAGUAGUUACACUGUGUGUUUAGAACUAGGUCACAUGUCUACAAUCUCCUGGGCUUCUCAGAGUACUGACCUUGCAAACAGUGUCAAGUGUAAAGACCUUUGGCUUCCCUCAAUUUCUGCUUUUCACUGUGUGUCAGGGCUGCUCAGCUUGGAUUUAUUUUUGUUACUCUCUCAAAUACUAAGAGUUUGGCUGCAGGGUCAAAGAAGCAAUAGGAUCAAACCCACAGUUGUUUUUAUUUAUUUAUUUAUUGUUUUUAUAAUUUAUUAAAUUUACUUCACAGCUAUAGCCCGUUCCCUCAUCUCCUCCCGAUCUCACCCUCCCUCCCCCUUUUUCCCUAUCCCCCUCCCAUAGUCCUCAGGAAAGUGGAGCCCUCUUCCCCUGCCAUCUGACCCAAGGCUAUCAAGUCUUAUCAGGACUGCCAGCAUCCUAUUCCUCUGUGUCCUAGCAGAGCCACCAUGCCAGGGCAAAGCAAUCAAAAAGAGCAGGCAACAGAGUUAAUGUCAGAGACAGCCCCUGCUGCCCUUACUUGGGAAGCUACAUGGAGACCGAGCUGCCUAUCAGCUACGUCCGAGCAGGGGGCUAGGUUCUCUCCAUGCAUAGUCCAUAGACAUAAAGAAGCUAAUAACAAGGAGGACCCUAGGGAGGAUUCUUAAUUCUCAUUUAGAAGGGCAAAUAGAAUAGAUGUUCUUUGAAAGAUUCCACCCAACAGGGGAUGGAAACAGAUGUAGAGACUCACAGACAAACUUUGAGAAGAGUGCAGGGCCUCGUGGGAAAGAGUAGGGAGAUAGAAGGACUCAGAGGGGACAGGAGAUCCACACGGAGGUGAACAGAGCCAACAGAUCUGGGCCCAUGGGGGCCUGUAGAGACUGAUGCACCAAUUAAACCCACAGUUUAAUAGCAGUUGUGACAUAGUCAGCAGUUGCAGAAAACAUGCAGUAUUCAGCCUAUUACACAGAUAGGCAUCCAUCAGUUUUGGCUAGAAUUGCUUGCUACCCUGAUGGUGUUUGCUUUUGAAGCCAAGACCCCUCCCCCUCACCUAGUCUAGGAAAUGCUCUUUCUGAGCCAUUUAUUGAGAGUGACUUUUUUUUGUUGUUGUUUAUUUGUUUGUUUUGAGACAGGAUUUCUCUGUGUGGCCGUGGCUCUCUUUGUAGAGCAGGCUAGCCUGUAACUCACAGAGAUCUGCGUGCCUCUGCCUCCCAGAGUGCUGGGAUUAAAGAGGUGCACCAUCUCUGCUUUGCCUCCUCAAAUGUCUUUGUUUGUUUGUUUGUUUUGUUUUGAGACAGGGUUUCACUGUGUAGCCUUGGCUGUCCUGGACACUUUUUGUAGACCAGGCUGGUCUGGAACUUACAGAGAUCUGCUAGACUCUGCCUCCUAGAGAACUGGGAUUACAGAUGUGUGCCAUUUUGCCAGGCUGUGAUUGACAUUUUACAGUAAGUUUCUGCCUUCUCCACAAUGACUCUUCCAAUCUGUUUUGAUCAGUGUUCCAUAUCCAGGAAUUUGCUAGUGUAUCCUACACCUUCCUUUGUAGCUGAAGUGAUCAGUAUGCACUGAUGGUAGUUAUAAGGCCAUGUCACCAAUCUAGUGUGCAGUUCUGCAACAUACAGUUUUCUUCAUGUAUGUGUGUUCAUACAUGCAGGUGUUUCUGACAGCAGAGGCCAAUAAAGGGCUUCAGAUCUCCUGGAACUGACGUUAUAAAGCCAUUGUGAGCCACCCAGCAUGGAUGCAGGGAUCUGAACUUGUGUUCUCCACAAGCAUUCAUACUCAGGUGCCUCCUCAAGAGCAGCAAAUGCUCUUAACCACUGACCAUCUCUCCAUCUCUGACUUAAACUCUUAGGACAGCUCUGGCCUCAAUGGCUAAGACUAUCACUCUCAGCCUUAGAGGGAUGUGGAGGGAAACCUCCCUCUUUUUGCCACUGAGAAUAUCUGCCCUCCCGUUAACUACUGCUUUUUGCAUGUCAUUUACCCUUUCUUUCUGUUCUUUGCUCUGACCCAUCUAGGGUGCCACUAGGACUUACCCUAUAGAAGUCAAUUAGAUCUGCCCCUACCUAUUAAUUUCUUUAAAAAUAUUUACUUUGAUCUUGUGCAUAUGUUCUGUCACCAUGUACAUAUGUACACUAUGCGCAUGUUUGGCACCCUCAGAAAGUGUGGAAGCUCCUGGAACUGGAGUUACGGACACUUGUGUGUUGACAUGUGAAUCCUGGGGACCAGACCUGGGUCCUCUGCAAAAACAGCAAGUGCUUUUAACUGCUGAGCCAUCUCGUCAGCCUCCAUCUUUAAUUUUCUUUUUAAAAUUUACAAUUAUUUUGUUUAUGUGAAUGUCUAUGACACAGCACAUGAGUGUUCAGAUGACAACCAGCAUGAAUGAGUUAUCUCCUUCUACCGUGUGAAUCCCAGGGGUUGAUUUCAGCUCAUCAGACUUGGUGACAAGCAUCUAUACCACAGAGCCACCCAUCAGUUUCCUCCCCUUUUAAUUUCUGAAACCACCUCAGUCCAAAUGUAGAUUGUUACACUCUUUCCCAUGGGCUCUCUCUAUCUUGUCUUUUCCCAAGACCUCCUUCUCAUGUUAUCUUGCUCUGCAAAAGAGUGUGACCUUCAGUUUUGGCCCUAUGUGCUUCAAAUAGCAACGUUUGUACUCAGCAGCUGUGGCCUUCAAUGUUUUCAGCCUUGCUUUGCAUGUCUACAAAAUAGGUGUGCUGUGAGAACAAAGAGAGCCUAUAAAUACCACAAAACAACAACCAAAAACAACUGGUGGGCACAGUGGAUCUGUAGGUCUUACCUGCAGCCUUCAGGAGUUUAUGCAGUCAUUUGUGCCACUGACAAUCACACUCCAUGCCUGCUUUCCACUUUCCCUGAAUUCAGUCUCUAUCUUUUAUAAGAGCCUGUGUGGGAUCAUUUCUGUAUACAUACUCAAUGUCUUUACCCUUUCCGCAACUGAAAUAUCAUCCCUGUCUUUGUCACUAACCUACAUACACAUACACAUACACACGCGCACGCACACACACACACACACACACACACACACACACAAUCUAUAGAUAGAUACAUAUAGAUUGUGUGUGUGUAUGUGUGUAUAGAUAGAUAGAUAGAUAGAUAGAUAGAUAGAUAGAUAGAUAGAUAGAUAGAUAUAGAAUGUGUGUGUAGGAAGCUCUCCAUAGUGCUUUCCUUCCAAAAAAACUUUUGGGUGGUAGGGGAGAGCACGGGGGAUUUUCCAGCUGGAAUUAAUGCAAGACAACAGUCAUAAAACAAUCUUGCCACUAGAUGGAGUGCCAGGACAGAGCCUGGAGGCAGCAGCAACUUGUUUGUGGAGUUCAGUAGUGGUUUCAACUACAGCUUCUUGAUGUUCAAAAGCCUUGGCACACAGUGGAGGGGCUGCUGGGAUAGAGGGGAGGGGCAGUCAUGGUGGGGCUGGGAAUCCCACAGAAAGACUAGCAGGAGUGAGUUUUCAUGAAAUGAUAGCUCAUUCGAAUGGAUGCCCUAUUGAGUCUAAUUAAAAGAGUAUAAUGACAGGUUUGCAAUCAGAACUGUUUACCUGCUUAUUAAGAAUGGCUUAUUGAGAAUUCCCACUACACUGAAUACCUCUCUAGGGAGGACACAGAUGCAUCUUUGAGUUCUCCACAGACUUGCUCUGCCUGGUGCAAUGCUCCAGCUGUGGUCAGACUUAUUUACUGUUGUGGUUCAUAAAGGAAGGACUUGCUAACUCAUUAACAUUUUCUAGCCUUCCAUGACCAUUUUUCUGACAAUUAUCCUUUAUUACAGAUUGAAUUGUGCUUCCCCCAGUGUUGUAACUCCUGGUACCUCGGAAUGUAAACUCAUUAUGGAUAAGGUCUUUAUGGUUGUUACCAAGUCAACAUGAGGUAAUGAGGGUGGCCCCAUAUCUGUGGUCCUCACUUCCCCCAGGGGAUCAUUGGUCACUGGUCCAUGAGAACAAAGAGAGCAGAAGUGACAAAUGGGGUUUGGAGGGCUACAUCUAGACUUCCAGAAGUCAGCUUCAAAGAGGCAGCUCAUUGUUUCAAGGUUACGGUUGGGAAGGACUGAUUGGUCAUAACAUAGUACCUAAUUAUCAUUGGAGCAAGGGAAGGAGCCUGACUCUGAGUGCUGAGUCAUGUAGAACUUGCAGGAGGCACUGUGCAGGGCAGGGCCAUCCUCCAAGGUCAGGCAUCUGUGCCUAGAGACAAGCUCCAGAUAAGGUCAGGCAGAGAGGAGGAAGCCCUACUGAGAAAGGGAGUCUUUCAUUUUGUUCCCAGCACAGAGAGCUGUCCAGACAUUGUGAACUGUGACAUUAAUAGCAGGGACUUCCAACACAUAUGCUAUAAGUGUUCCCCACAUUUUUAUAAGCGUUACUGAAUCGCGUAUAGAAAGAGGACGUUGGGACACAGAAGGAAAUGGAAUUGUAGAAUAGGGUUCUCUGAAUAAAAUAACUGUCAUAUUCAUCUGAUCACCCAUCAUCGUCAGGCUUGUGAACAACUGGUGUUCCCUAAUUGCAUACAGCUUCCAUCUCUGGGGUGGGGAUGGGGGGAGCUGGAGUAUAAUAGGCUAUGAAAGGUUAACAAAGUGAGGCUCUAUCCAUACAGCUCGGAAGAAGCCAUCAUCCAUGCUGCCUGAAGCCUUUUCAGCAUUGAGGUCACCCACACUUCUGCAGGUACCCCUCAACUAGUCCUUAGUGAGUAAUCACAGUAAAUUCAUUGCUUCUCCACAUUAAGCUUUGGUGGAAUCCUAUUGUGCUUUGUCUUUGGGACCUCAUAAGGAUUGGGACACAUUGUUUUUGCCUCCCUAGGGGAAGAACUUUUCUUUUACUUUAAAAUGUUUUAGUAAAUAUGCAUUUAAUCAAAAACUCAAUAAAAUGUAAAAGUGUUUGCACAAUGUCUUUAAACUUACAGAUUAAUUUGGAUAAAUAAAUAGGAUAACGUGAUCACAUUUUUAAAUUCUAAGUUCUUUACAAUAUUUUUUAAUUUAUUUUUCAUCUAUUACAAUGUAUUCACUUUGUAUUCCAGCUAUAGCACCAUCCCUCAUCCCCUCCCAAUCCUACCCUCCCUCUGUCUUGUCUUGUCCUCCCCAAGUCCACUGAUAGGGGAGGUCCUCCUCCCCUUCCAUCUGAGCCUAGCCUAUCAGGUCCUAUCAGGACUGGCUGCAUUGUCUUCCUCUGUGACCUGGUAAGGCAGCUCCCCUCCAGGGAAGGUGAACAAAGAGCCAGCCACUGAGUUCAUGUCAGAGACAGCCCCUGUUCCCCUUACCAGGGAACCCACUUGGAGACUGAGCUGCCAUGGGCUACAUCUGUGCAGGUGUUCUAGGUUAUAUCCAUGAAUGGUCCUUGGUUGGAGUAUCAGUCUCCAGAAGGAUCUCUGGUUCCAGACAUUUUGGCUCUGUUUCUCUCCUUGUAGAGCUCCUGUCCCCUCCAGGUUUUUCUAUGUCCCCUUUCUUUCACAAAAUUCCCUGCCCUCUGCCCAAAGUUUGGCUAUGAGUCCCAGCAUCUGCCUUAAUACCCUACUGGGUAGAGUCUUUCAGAGGCCCUCUGUGGUAGGCUCCUGUCCUGUUUCCUGUUUUCUCCCUCUUCUGAUAUCUAUCCCGUUUGCCUUUCUGAAUAAGGAUUGAGCAUACCCAGGGUCCUCCUUCUUACUCAUCUUCUUUAGGUGUGCAGAUUGUAGUACUUUUGUCCUAUAUUAUAUGUCUAAUAUUCAUGUGCAAGUGAUUAUAUACCAUGUGUAUCUUUGUUUCUGGGAUAGUUCACUCGGGAUGAUCUUUUCUAGUUCCCACCAUUUCCUGCAAAUUUCAUGAUUUCGUUGUUUUUAAUUGCUGAGUAGUAUUGUACUGUGUAAAUGUACCAGGAUUUCUAUAUCCAUUCCUCUGCUGAGGGACAUCUGGGUGGUUUCCAGAUCCUGGCUAUUAUGAAUAAAGCUGCUACUAACGUGGUUGUGCAAAUGUUCUCAUUGUAUAUAUGAGCAUAUUUUGGAUAUAUGCCUAGGAGUGGUAUAGCUGAAUCUUGCGGUAGCACUAGUCCUAAUUGUCUGAGAAAGUGCCAGACUGAUUUCCAAAGAGGUUGUACAAGUUUACAUUCCUACCAGCAAUGGAGAGGGUUCCCCUUUCUAUACAUCCUCUCCAGCAUGUGUUGUCACUUUAUUUGUUUUUAAUGUUAGCCAUUGUGAUGGUUGUAGGGUCAAAUCUAAGGUCAUUUUGAUUUGCAUUUCCCUGUUGACUAAGGAUGUUGAACAUUUCUUUAAGUGUUUCUCUGCCAUUUGAUAUUCCUCUAUUGAGAAUUCUCUGUUUAGCUCUGGUACCCCAUUUUUUAAAAAUUGGAUUACUUUGUUUGUUGCUGUUUAACUUCUUCAUUUCUUUAUGUAUUCUGGUAUUAGACCUCUGUCACAUAUAGGGUUGGUGAAGGUCCUUUCCCAAUCUCUAUGCUGUUGUUUUGUUCUGAUGACAGUGUCCUUCGCAUUACAGAAGCUUUUCAGUUUCAUGAGGUCCCAUUCAUUGAUUGUUGAUCUUAGAGCCUGUGCCGUUGGUGUUCUGUUCAGGAAGUUGUCUCCUGUGACCAUGAGUUCAAGGCUCUUCCCCACUUUUUCUUCUAACAGGUUUGGUGUGUAUGGUUUUAUUUUGAGGUCAUAGAUCCACUUGGACUUCAAUUUUGUGCAGGAUGGUAGUAUGGAUCUAUUUACAUUUUUGUAUGUGUAGAUAUCCAGCAAGACCAGCACCAUUUGUUAAAGAUGUUAUACUUUUUUUUUUUUCCUUUGCAUAGUUUUGGCAUCUUUGUCAAAAAUCAGGUGUCCAUAAGUAUGUAUGUUUAUUUCUGGGUCCUCGAUUACAAUUCAAUUGAUCCACCAGUCUGUUUCUAUGCCAGUAACAUGUGGUUUGUAUGCGUGUUCCUCUACAGUACACCUUGAGAUCAGGGUGUACCUGAGGUACCUGAGGUAUGAUGGAGAUACCUCCGGAAGAGCUUUUAUUGUAGAGGAAUGUUUUAUCGAUUCUGGGUUUCUUGUUGUUGCAUAUGUAGUUGAAAAUUCUUUCAAUGUGUGUAAAGAAUUCUGUUGGUAAAUUGAUGGGAAUUGCAUUGAAUCUGUAGAUUGCUUUUAGUAAGAGGUCCCUUUUUAGUAUGUAAAUCCUACCAAGCCAAGAGCAUGGGAGAUCUUUCCAUCUUCUGAUAUCUUCUAUUUUUUUAUUCAGAGACUUGAACUUUCUUGGUUAGAGUUACACCUAGGUACUUUAUGUCCUUUGUGUCUAUUAUGAUAGGUGUUGUUUCCCUAAUUUCAUUCUCAGCUCAUUUGUCUUUUAUAUACAGGAGGGCUACUGACUUGUUUUUUCAGUUAAUUUAUUAUCCAGCCACUUUGCUGAAGGUGUUCCUCAGCUGUAUGAGUUCCCUGGUAGAAUUUUUGGGGUCACUCAUGUAUAUUAUCAUAUCAUCUACAAACAGUGACACUUUUACUUCUUUACGAUUUAAAUCCCCUUGAUCUCCUUUAAUUGUCUUAUUGCUCUAGCUAGGACUUGAAGUACUAUGUUGAAGAGAUAUGGAGAGAGUGGGCAGCCUUGCCUUGUCCCUGAUUUCAGUGGGAUUGAUUUAAGUUUUCUGUCCGUCUAGUUUGAUGUUGCCUAUAGGCUUGCUGUAUAUUCUGUUUACUGUGUAUAGUUAAGUGCCUUGUAUCCCUGAUUGCUCCAGGAAUUUAAACCUGAAUGAGUGUUGGAUUUUAUCAAAUGCCUCUUCAGCAUCCAAGGAUAUGGUCGUGUUUUUUUUUUUCUUUCAGUUUUGAAGGGUUUUCCUAUUAUGAACUACCCCUGCAUAGCUGGGAUGAAGCCUGCUUUGUCAUAGAGCAUGAUGAAGUUUUGUGACAUAUAAGAGACACAGAGAGAAGGAUGGCUGGAAUGUCUACAAGCUGUGGAGAGAUGCUAGAGCCCUUCUUUCCCUCAUACCCUUAGAAAGAACUGGCCCUACUAACACUCAAGUCCUGGGUUUCUGUGAAACCAACAAAACAAAUUUCUCUUGCUGAAGCCUCUAAAUUGGUGGUAUUUUGCUACCAGACCUCUAACAAAACACAUAUAUACUUCUCUUAUUGAAGAACUUGCCAUGCUUCUUGAACUGUUCUGCCAGAAGUAUGCACAGUAUCUACUGUCAAGGAAACAAAACUUAAUCCUGGAACCUCUGUUAGAAAACUCUUUUUCCCUAUGGAUGUUGUCGCUGGCCUCUUCUGGAGAGGUCCAUGUGUCUUGACUCCUUUUAUUCAACUUGUAGUCUGAAUUUAGACUACAACUCUGUAGGAUUGGACCAUCUCUUCUUGAGAUGAGAUGGUUGAUGUAGGAAAAUACUGAUCAACCCUCAUGCAAAUAUGUCCCAAAGCUUGGACGCAAUGAUCACAAUGGGAAAGAUGAAAGCCAUGGCAGGUUACCAGAGCCUUGGGGUAGCCUCAGCAUUGGGCUUGCUGUUUUUAACCUGCAAUGUGCAGUUUAAGAGAAAUACUUUCUGGAGGAACCUGGCUAAGCUGUCUAUGGUGAUUCUGAAAUGCCAGCCCUAGAGAGGCAGAGGCAGGAGGAUCAGGAGUCCAAGGUCAGUUUUGGCUGCAGAGUACUUUGAGGCCAGGCUGAGCUACAUGAAAUCCUCAGUUAUUAAACAAACCAUCCCCAAGAAAUCUCCCUGCAAGAAAGAAAGUAGACAUUUGUAAAAACAGAUAAACAAUCUUGUGAGAAGCAUUGUUAGGGCUAGCAGUGAAAUGUUGGACAGUUGUGUCUGGUUCCACUGCUACUGCUUUGAUCUGCAGCAAGUUACCCAAGGCCCUAGGACCUCAUUCACUUCAUCUGUCUGCCAGGAGUGUGUUAGUAUAACCAACCUCCAGAGCAACUGUGAGAAUCAUAAUCAAGUCAAUACAUCUAAAGAGCCUAGAAAGGCCCUGGACAUGACAGUCAUUUAAUAAUUGUUGUCAAAAUAAUAAAACAAGAAUUUGGCUGCAAUCUUUCACUGCAGAAUUGCGCUGAGAAUUCCAGUGUUGUAAUUAAGGGGUUGUCCUGGCUAGCUUUAUGUUUACUUGACAGAAGCUAAUGUCAUCUCUGAGGAGGGAACCUCAAUUAAAAAAAUGCCUCCAUAAGAUCAGGUGGUAGGCAGCCCUGUAAGGCAUUUUCUUAAUUAGAGACUGAUAGUGAGAGAGCGCCUAGCUCAGUGUGUCUGCAGACAUUCCUGGGCUGGUAGUCCUGUGUUCUGUGAGCAAACAGGCUGAGCAAGACAUGAGGAGGGAGCCAAUACGCUGCCACCCUCCCUGUCCUCUGCACCAGCUCCUGCCUCCAGGUUCCUGCCCUGUGUGAUUUCCCGUCAUUACUUCCUUCAGCAUUAAACAGUAAUGUGAAAGUGUAAGCCUUAUAAAUAAACCUUUUCCUCCUCAAGUUGCUUUGGUCAUGGUGUUUCUUCACAACAAUAGUAACCAUAAGACAGGGUUAUACUUUUAGAGCAGGGGCUUCUAAUCCGGGUUACAUAGUCAUCAGGCUUCCAUGAAUUUUUCUGAAGAAGUUCCUAGUCUUCUGACAUUAAUGUGUUCAGUUUGUGGCCACAUGCAGGUGGGCAGUUUGUGUCAAAUGUGUUCAAAGACUUCCAGCGGCCCAAAAGGAUUCAGAAUUGGAAAUAGGCCCGAAGGGAAAUGUGUAAACCCACAGCACUGUGGUGCAGUCUUAGGUGUGCAUGUAUGUGUGCACAUGUAUCAAUGUGUAUAUAAGAAUGUGCGUGUGUAUAUGUACUUAAGUGUAUGUACAUGUGUUGGGGUGUGGAGCAGACACCUGAUUUUGACAUUCUCUAUCCACACAGGAAUUCUGAGUCUCACAGGUUUUCUAACCUGCCUUUGCAUUUCCCAACAUGCAAUGCAGUCCUGAUUCCAUGCCAUGCUGGAGGACCCAGGACUACUUGCUACUUUCUGACUGUCCUGUACCCUGGGGACCCCCAUGCCGUUUGUGUCUGCACAAGCCUAGAUGCUCAUGCAGUCAGUUGCUCCUUAGGACCUUUGGGACUUAAUAGCCUCAUCCCUUGCAUGAAUCUGUUUGCUAUUUUACUCCCCUCUUCUCUGACAUUUUUAGCUUGAAGUUUAAUCUUGUUGAAGGAGAAAAAAAAUACCAACAAGAAGGUUUCUUUUCCUCUAAGAAAUUGCUCUUUUCUUUCUUCACACUGACUAAAAUCUUCAGCAUCUUUUGAAAGCUUUAAUUCACACUCAGCUUUAGCCUUCCCCAAAUUAGUUAUUGACUAGGAUCUGUAUCGUCAUGUGCAUUACUAUGUAUUUCCCUUCGGUGGAUAUCGUCUCUUAUUAUUCGGACUAAUUCAUCUUUUCUUUUACUCGGCAAAGGCUUUGUACCUACUCAGAAUUCCUGUGUGGAUGGGGAAUCUCAAAGGCAGGUGUCUGCUGCACACCUCCACACAUGUAUACACAUUCAUACACAUGUACACACAAACAUACCCAGGCCUGCAAUAAAAAAAAUAGAGCCUCAUUGCAUUUGUAUUCUAGUGAAGGAGACAGAAAAUCAGCUCAAGAAAAAUGAAAGAGGAUGCAAAGAUAAAAAGAGAUGGAGACAGAAUGACCGGGGAAGGAAGGCUUAGCCAAGGAGAUGACACUGGAGCAAAAGUGUAAAAUCUUACAUAGUCUUGUGGGAAACCUGCCCAGUCCAAGAGGUCAGCAAGUGCAAAGGUCCUGAGAUGGAAAGACUUCUUGUCUGGCAUAGUGGGGAACUAUGAAGACUCUCAUGUGGUUGUGGCAGAAGACAGAUUGGGGAUGAGCCCAGACCUGGUAGGCUCUAUAAAGAGAGGUGAUGUUAUUUGGGUGAUGGAGAAUAAUUAUGGGGCUUCAAGCAGGAUAGGAAGAUACCUGCUAAGCACUGGCUGUGCAGUCUUUUUCUUUCCAGUUUAGCUUACAUACUUUUUUCACAUAAUGUCUUUUUGUUUAUUAUUAUUUAUUAUUGCUUUGUGUGUAUGUGUGGUGUGUGAGUGUGUGUAUCUCUGUGUGUGUGUGUGUGUGUGUGUGUGUGUCUGUGUACGAGUGUUUGUGUAGGUUCAUUUGCCAAUGUGGGAAUGUUUGGAGGCCGGAGUUUAACAUUGUGGUGUCUUUGCCAAUUGCUUUUCACCGUAUUUUUAGUUUUUUACUCACUGAAUCUGAAGCGUGCAAUGUUGGCUACCCCAGCCAGUCAGGGAGUUCCUCAGUUACAGAUAGUAUCAUUAUCUUUGGACCUUUUAUUUCGAGGAGACAGGGUUUCACUAUGUAACCUGCAACUUGUGAUAUAGACCAGGCUCUCAAUGAAGUCACAGAGAUACUUUUGCCUCUGCCUUCUGAGUGCUAGGAUUAAGGGCAUAACUCGCUGUGCCUGGGGAUUUGGACUUAGCUCUUCAUGGAUGCUCAGCAAGCACUUUGUCCAGUGAACUAUCUCCCUAGUUCCUUGUUUAGUAAUUUUAAUUGCCUACAACAGGACCAUUCAGUUUUUCUUGCCUUUGGAUUUGAACUGUGACGUAGGCUUUUCUUGGGUUUUGAACCUGCUGUUGUAGAGGCUAAAACCACACAUCAGCUCUCCUGGGCCUUCAGCUUGCUGAUUCAUCCUGCAGGAUUUGAGACUUCCCAGCCUCCAUGAGGAAUAACACACGUGAAUAUUUUAUAAUAUAAUAAUGUGCAUACUUAUUCAUGUGAUAUAAAUAUAUAUACUAUGUAAAUAUAUGUAUAGAUUAUUCAUAUGUAUCCUGGGAGGCUAUUUCUCUAGAACCUUGGCUAACACAGCCAGCAGAGGGCGAUCUUUUAUCAAGCUAGGCUUGUUUCCCAUGUUUCCAUGGUUGGAGACCUUUCUCUAAAAGGAACAACAAUCCUUUUUUAAAAUUAACUUUUUAACCGAAAAUGUAUUUCAAUUAUAUUCUUUCCCCUCACCCAUAACCUCCCAGAUCCUACAUAUCUACCCAUUCAAAUUCAUGCUCUUUAAAUAAACAAACAAAUGAACAAACAAACAAAAACUGGUCAAAAGAAAUAAGUAAAAAAUACCCAAUUAUAACAAAACAAAAAAAUUACACAAAAGACACGAAGUCCAUUUUGUGUUUGCCGUCUACUUCUGGAUAAGAAGUAUGCCCUGCAGUGUGGCUCAUAUACUCAGUGUCACUCCAUUGAAGAAGACUGACGUUUCUUCUCAGUUACAAGUAGAUGUUUUCUUGGAGGUGGGAAUUUGUGCCCAUAUCCCCUUCUUCAAGCUGGGAUGCUGUCUAACCUGAAUCUGUUCAGGUCUUGUGCAUGCUGUCAUCGUUUCUUUGAGUUCAUACUGUUUCAGUUUCCUUGUGUCUGAGAGAUGUUAUUUCCGUGGAGUCAUCCAUCACCCCAGGCUCUCACAGUCUUUCUACCUCUGCUUCCACAUACAUCUCUGAGCCUUGAGGGUUGGGGUUUGCUACAGGUAUCCCAUUUGGAGUCGAGUACACCAAAGUCUCACACUCGGUGCACAUUGUCCAGUUGUGGAUCUGUUUGUUAAAUAACACAUAUAGGAAGGUGAAAUUUCUCAGAUGAGGGUUGGGCAAGAAACUAUCCUUUAGUAUAUCAACAUGCCAUUAUCAAGUAUUGCAUUGCUGUGUUGCCUUAGCACAAUAUUAGUAUUAGGUUUUCCCCUGAGCUCACAACUGAUCUAGUCUUAGCAGAGCAAUGUUUUUAAUUCUUGUUUUUUGUUCGAGGAGGAGGGCAACACCAGAGAAAGAGAGUAACAUAAAAGGUCACUGACAUAUGUGACAUGAGGUUAAUCUAGAACAGGCCUGCAGUGAUGCAGGCAUUGUGUGCUAUCCCAGUCAUAGCAAUUUCAGCCUCUAAAAACAACACUUCCCAACGGGGUUUCUCUGAGACUGUAAGGCCACCUUACAACCCGUGGGAUAAGUUUUAGGUCAAAACGUCAGAAGUUCAAUGUGUUUAACAGAAUGACCAUUGAAAUAGGUGAAAUGCAGAGAGAAACCAACCUGACUGACAGCAUACUUAUGCAUGUGAGUGCCCGCCGAUCCGUCAACGCUCCAGUCCUAGAUGGAUAUCAUUUUAAAAAGGAAAUAACUGUUGUUGAAGUGGAAUAGCUAGAGCUGUAAUUCAUUGCUUGUGAGAAUGUAAAAUGGCAUGGCGGUGCCUCUGAUAGGUAUACUUCCAAUUAUAUAACCACAAUAAUCCAAAGUGGGGUUUCAAAGAGAUGUGUACAUGUUCCUAGCACAUGAUUCACACUAAAGCUGCAAGAAAUUCAAGCAUCUGUUGAAGGAUGAAUUAAUAACUUGCAACCUAUAUACUUGUAUAUAGAAGAGAUAAAAAUCAUUUCUAAAGGUAAUUUUACUAGCAAGCAUAUAUAUAUAUAUAUGUGUGUGUGUAUCAAGAUAUAUCCCCCCCACAUGUACGAGAUAUGUACAUGUGGGGGAUUAUAUAUAUAUAUAUAUAUAUAUAUACAUGUAUGUAUAUGUAUAUAUCUCGUACAUGUGGGGGAUUUCCUGAGGACAUUUCCAAACAAAUAUAUAAUGCAUUUUAAGCAGAUUCCUCUAAGAUGUGUUCCCUCUCAUCCCUCACAUCUCACACUUCCUGUUUGGAACAUUUGCUCCUCUACAUAGUUUCAUUUCUGAUUUCAUGUCAUGUGCAUAUAGCUGAUUUUAUAAAUCCAAGGUCUACACAUCAGAGAAAAUAGUUGGUAUCUGUGUAGGCACUAGUUUUUUCCUUCGACGGUAAGAAGGGUUUGGGAGGAUUGUGGUGAGGCCUGUUUCCACAGCUGAGUGACUAUCCUGUAGUGCACUUCCCGGAGUGACUCCUGGCUAGCUGCGCCCACCCUCGAGGGUGAGAGGGAUUUUCUUUUGCGGUGUGGGGAUGCUGUGAGCUAUACCUCCCUAGGUGAGUGACUUAGGAUCAGGACCCACUAUAGUACUCUUCCGGAAGUGACGUCUCUCUAGGCAUGCCUGCCCUCGAGGGUGAGAGGUGAUUUCUGGGAUUGCAGUGAAGUGACUGGAUCUCGCGGGACCCUGGGCAGUACCGUUCUGGAAGUGAAGUCACUCAGGCUGUGACCACUCUAGAGGGUAAGCGGGGUUUGGGGGGAUUUCUGUGAGGUAUAUCUCCCUAGAAAUGUGUCAUUAGUUACUGCUUUGGACGCAUGGUAGUCCGGGAGGGGACUUCCGGAUCCUGAAUUCCGCAUCACACAUAGAGACCCCGGAGUUCAGUCUGGGUGAGGUUUGUGAAGGAGGGCCGCAGGGGCUUCUGAGAGGAGCAGGAAGGGCAUCAUGUGUGCCGGUGAAGGGGCUAGGGACCCUGUCUGUGAUAGUGCAGACAUUCUCCCGUGGUCCGUAUUUCCACAGGUGGGACCAUAUAAGAGCUUUAUGGGUGUGCCGUCCUUGCUGGGCUUUAGGAGCACAGUUUCCUGUUCCCGUCAGGAGGCCCUUGGUUCGCACAUGCGCAAAAGUAGCACCCGCAAAUUCCACUCCCCCUCAUGACCGCUUCCCUGCCCUGUCCUCACCCGAGGCCCGCCACACUCAGUCAGGCAUAAGGGGUUGCCCUUCUUGCUUUUCCAGAUGCACAGAUGCGUGUUUUCCAGGUUAACUAGGUGUGACCCAGCUUCCUGGGUAAGGAGGGACUCAUGGUGGCUCCUGCCCGCCUAAUUUUGUGCUGAGGUAUUGGGACCCAGGAUAGCCCCUGGUGUCCUGAGUCUCACUUCCCCAUGCCCAUUGGAUAUCUUUUGUUCAAGAUGAGACGUCUGGCUACACUGAGGUUCAGCCUUGGACCACAUCAUGAGCGGGAUGUCCGUCAGAAUUUCUUACGUCUCUUGGGUCCUUUCAUGCAUGGCGGCUGCCGGGCCUGAACCAUGAAUCUGUGACUGUUGGAACCAAUUGUUCUGAGAGCACCUCCUAGCCCUAACUCCUGAGUUUGCAGGCCACCCAUUCACCUGUUCCGGGCUGCCUCAACCAAGGAUGAGUGCUUGGCCCACCACAGGCAAGUGGGCCUAGGCUGGGUCAGCCUCCACUGUGUGGACUUUCUGAGGGGCCUCAAACAGGGCCAGAAUGACACAUGUUUGCCUGCUGAGUACCGACGCCUAGCCUCUGGCACCUUCCACACAUGCCAGGCACCCCCCUCGUGUGAGUGCACCAGCUGGGGUCACUUGCUGGGCCCUUUCUCUUGUAUAGGUGCUGUUCCAGCCUCUCAGGAAGCAGUCUGGUUGAGGCAGGCAGUAGCAAAGGAAAUUGCCUCCCUUUCUAAAGAGAAAGAGGUUCUUGAGGGGAAGGUGUUGAAAAAAGACUGUCCUGGUGGGUGGGUGGUUACUAGAGGAUGCUUUGGUGAAGUCCCGUGUUGGGGAAAGUGUGUUAGAGUGUGGGGAGAUGAGAUGAACCCUGUGCAUGGUAGAGUCAAGCUUGUCCUGUGAGGUGAGUUCCAGGCAGAAACAGCAGGGUCCUCGGUGGGAGAUUUCAGUUCCCUACAGAGAGGUGUGGACCAUCAGGAGACUCCCUGCAAAUGCCAUGGCAGGCAGAGUAACCAUCCUGGAGAGUCAAGAAGAAAAUCCUUUCCAACAUGCCUUACCUAGCAGGUGCUGGUUCAAGCUUCUAGAGCCUGACCCUGGGCAGUUUAGUUUAGGCAGAGUUAAGUGUGGUACAGUUUUGGGAAGAAGUCCAAGCUUGUCCUAUCCUGGGAACAACAAGUCAAGAGGAAGGGCUGAGAUUGAGGGCUGUUGGGUUGUGGAGAGCUCUGCAUUCAGCCAGAGGGAUGGGGCAGAAUGUGAUUGGACCUGGUGGGGUAUUGAUGUCACCUUCCUGCCUCCUCUUUGCUCCAGCACAAGUGCCAGGGCACAUGGCCACAGGUGGUGGAGUCCCAGUCCCUGUUUCCAUUACAGUCAUGAAGUUCUUCUCAGUGUCUUUAUUAUCUGUGCAUGCCAACAUUUCAGGAGUCCUGCCUGGCCCAGGAAGGCCCCAGCCAUGUCAUCCAAGGAUGGGAAGGCCAUAGAGAGAAGUGCCAAGCGCCGAAGGACAGAUGCAGUCGUCCCUGCAGAAAAUCCGGCAGUUGACACCAGCGAGCUGGGCAGCUGUUCCUCGGGAUCAAAUGUGCAAGAGGCCAGGAAGCCUGUUGAGAUGAGCAUGCAAGACAUCAGAGAUGAUAUUACCCAGAUCCUCAUGGUAGAGAGGAAGCAGUUUGAGAAGGAUAUAAAUGCCUCUUUCACAUCCCUGUAUGAAAACCUGCAGAGUAUUUUCAAAACCCAGCAGGAGUCAAGGAAGGCACGUCACUCAGUCUACUCCCAGAUGUUUUGGCCCCUGUACCAGCAGUGGCAGGAGGAGGUGGAGAGAGCAAAGGACCAAGAAGAAAACCUCGCUCUUAUAACUAAGGAGCAAAUAAAGAUUUUAGAGGAAGCUGUAGUGGAUCAUGAAUUCAAGCCUGAGAACGCCAAAGAAAUGUGUGAGAAAUUUUUGAAGAAAGCCAAGGACUUGUGUGAACAUCACAAAACUUUUAUUGGCGGUCACCAAAGUGAAGUGGAAAAGGAAAUCUCCAAGGCUCAGGACAGAGUUAUCAUGAAAACUCAAGAACAAGAUGUGUCCGUUGUUGAAACAUACCUUCAGUCCCUGGUCCUUGACAGCUCUGAAGAAACCAUCUGAAGCUCACUGUAGGAUGCGCAGGGAGCAUUAGCCUUGCUAAGAGGAUGUUAGUAGUAGUCAGUGCAGCUCCCUUCUCUUUACUUUGUUUGUUACGAAUAAGACAGAUUCUGUCAACCAUUAAGUGAACCCGCAGCAGUUCUGUGAGAAGCAACAGUUAAGUGCAGAACCUCCAUGGCAACAAGGGAGACACAUUCUCCCCAGCCAUGGCAGUUACAUUUGGAAGCAGAUGUCAUUUGAUUUUUAUGGUUGGUUGCUUUGGUUCUCUGUCACUUCCCAAAAGUGAAUGUUACCUUACUUUUUCCAGAAAGAAGUAAAUAAAGAUGGGGCCCGUA